CGGUGGAAAGCUGGGUUCAUCGGAACCCAGCAGAUGAAACCCAGCAGCUGGGUUUCGACGAACCCAACAAGGCUGGGUUUCAACUAAACCCAGCCUUGCUGGGUUCGUCGAAACCCCCUUGAGAACUGUGACGCGAGCGACCUUGCCGAAGGUGGAGAAGAGGGUAUGGAGAUCGAAAUUGGUGAGGGCGUAGUCGAGAUUGGAAACGUAAAGGGUCGAUUUAGAAGGGGCCAAUCCUGCUGAGCCCUUGGAUUUGCUGUUGCUGUGGGUUCCAGUAGCAGUGGACGGCAGCUGCUGGGUUCAGUUGAAACCUAGCAAAAGCUGGGUUUCGGUUGAAACCCAGCCUCAACUUUGCUGGGUUUCAACUUUGCUGGGUUCGGCCAAUUCCAUGCGUCUAGCCAAAAAAUCCUUCUUCCAAUUUUUCGAUCUUCCCAUUCAUUACCCGUGAGCCCUUCAUCUCCUAAUUCUACCCACGAAGAAUCUAUAAUCACUUGCAAAUCUAGAUCGACUAAUUGUUCCGAACCCAGCUGGGUUCCUGGAACCCAGCUCCACAUUUUUUUUUUUUAUAUAUUUGUUGUUUGUUGCGAAGUGUUUAUGCAAAUUGCAGGUUGUGAGAGAUUUUUGAGAUGCUUUUGCUUCAUAUUUUUUAAUUAUUGUCUAAAUAAUUUUAAUGUACAAAAUGAAAAGAGCAUUGCUGGAACAUUGCUGGAACAUUGCUGGCGAUGGAAAGAACAGAAGCAGUGAUCAAUGGGUAAAAAAGCAAUUUUCAAUGGUUUCCAUUUGCUUGGUUAGGUUAGAAAAUUAUAUAGUUUGGGUGUUUGAGUGUUUGAAUGAUGAAAAAAUGGUUUAAUCAGUGUUUUGGAAUAGAUGUUUGGUCGUGGAAUAGAUGUUUGGUUGGUGAGAAAAUUGUAAUGUUUAUGAAGAAAAUUUGCAGAGAAAA